AUGACUAAGGCGCUGAAGCUGAAGCGGCGCGCGCGUGCGCUGGCGUGCGCAGGCGGCAACUGCUGGUCGCUGCGCGUGCGCAGCAACGGCCGCUGCACCGAGCUGCUGGGACGAGAAGGUGACGCGCGAGGAGUGCUGCCGGUCGCGUCGGUGGCGACGGCGUGGAGCAGCGAGGACCUGGACUCGGCGCGCUCUUCUUCUGGCGCGUGCUGGGUGGCGUGCCCUGCCGCGCCUGCAAGGCUGUGUCGUGCUGAUACUAGCUGUGAGCCAGAGUAUAAGAAGAUCGUGCGCGGUUACUUCGUUCUAGUGGAUCUCCCGAUAGGGAUUGGUUGUCUGAUGAGCAGCCAACCACUUGGCGUCGCUUGGCGACCGCGAUCUCCGGCGUGCGCUAAGACGCGCGUGCGCGUUUGCUGUGCGCAGAGUCGUGCGCGGGCGUGGAGUGCGGAGGGCCGGCGCUGCGAGGUGCGGCAGGGCAGCCGCGCUGCGUGUGCGGCCCGACUGUCGCGGGGGCGCGCGGGGGGCGGCGGCGCGGCGGCGGCGCGGGCGGCGGCGGCGGGCGGGCGCGCGGCGCCGCGGCCGUGUGCGGCUCGACGCCGCACCUACGCUCGCUGUGCCGCUUGCGCAAAGCGCGCCUGCCGACGCAAGACGCAGGCCCUCACCGUCGCCUACGACGGACACUGCCAAAGCUCUUGCGAGCGCCUGCGCUGCCCGGCGGGCAAGCACUGCCUGCUGGACCAGAACCUGCGGCCGCACUGCGUCAAGUGCGCGGCGCGCCGCUGCCCGCGCCGUGGCCACGCCGUGUGCGGCGCCGACGGCGUCACGUACGCGUCGUCCUGCCACCUGCGCGGCGCCGCCUGCCUGCGCGGCCGCGCCAUCCCAGAGGCCUACCGCGGGCCCUGCAAGCCGGCGGGCGCGGCGGUGUCGUGCGGGGCGGUGCGCUGCCGCGAGCGCCAGGCCUGCCUGCUGGAGCCCGCGACGGGCGCGCCGCGCUGCGUCACCUGCAGCUACCGCUGCCCCAAGGGCAGCGACCUGGGCGGCCCCAUCUGCGGCUCCAACAACCUCACUUACCCGUCCUGGUGCCACAUGCUCAAGGACGCCUGUGACACGGGCUACGUCAUCGAGACGCGCUUCGCCGGACGCUGCGACCGCCCGGCCGACGCGCAGCGCGCGCACCUGCCGCCGGCGCUCAACUGCAGUAGCAGCAGCAGCAGCAACAGCAACAGCGCCGCCGUCGCCGCCGCCGCCACCGGCGCCGUCGCCAACGCCAUCCCGGGGCUGUCCAACAGCGUGGUGUCGGCCGACGCCGGCGGGCCGGGCUCCGACGUGGACGACGACGUCGACGCCGGCCUCGAGCCCUGCGCACCGCCCACGCUCGCCUGACUGUGGACGCCCGUCGAAGGCGCCUCCGCUCCUCAGCCCGCCGCAGCCCCGCCCCCGCCCCCUCCCCCGCCCCCUCUCCCCCCCGACUUCUACUCGCCCUUCCGCCUUCUGCCCUGGAGCGGUCGUGACGGCCGCCCGCGGCGCACCCCACCGCCGCCGCCGCCGCCGCCACCGCCGCUGCUGCCGUAGAUCCACCACCACGCGGGGGUCGUCGGACAAGUUCAUGAACUGCACAUUACAAGGACACUUGUCACAGUGAAGAGUUCUAGGAAUAUCGAAAUGUUUUGAAAUGUCCUUGUCCUUUUGUCGGAUCAAUCAAUGAUGUGAAUGUCUUCUACCGUUUGGAUGUCUCCAAUUACCGAGAAUCCGAUGGAUUAUUGUCAUUAUGUGAGCUUUAGUUUGGUGUAUGAAUCAUUAAAGCGUGAGAUGUAGAAAAUGUGAAAAUAGAUUUACUUAAAGAGCGCUAUGCUCUUAAGCGUCUUUAAACAUUGCUAAUUGCUACUGGUUGGAGCAAAAAUUUGGACCAGCUGUAGCUACUUUUUGUGUACCUUGUGCUCUUCGUUUCCACAUAUGUUUAAUCUCAGCUAACCGACAGAGUUAGCUGGACGAGAUGGAGAUGAAUGUUUACGUCACAAUAAUGCAAUGGAUUACAUCGUCAUAGAGAAUUAUGUGGAAUCUAUAUGUAAGAAUACUGAUGAAAUCCUUAUGUGUACUUAUUUAAAGUUGUUACCAUAUUUAUUAUUAUGAUUAUUAUUUAUGGUAAUUAUGAAUGUAAAUUAGUCGUUCAAUUUGGUAUUUCC